AUGCCGGAUCUGGAAGAAGGAGGCCGUCUCACCGAAACCGCCGCCAUUGGGGGCGGUACCCACCCCACGACGAGCACGAUCCCCCAACAGCCCACGGAAGGUGAAUAUGACUGGGUACCGACGGAUCCCACAUCCGGAUUAACCUCGGAACAAGUCGCCCAAGCCUUGGCUCGCUACGGUCCCAACGAAAUACCCGUCCCCGACACACCCCUCUAUCUACUCUUCGUCCGACAAUUCGUCGGAUUCUUGCCCUUUCUCAUUGAACUCGCCGCCAUCGUCUCCCUCGCCGUCCAAGAUUACAUCGAUUUCGGGAUCAUUCUAGGCAUUCUACUCGUCAACGGCUGUCUCGGAUUCCGGGAAGAGUACCACGCCAAGAAGAGUCUACAAGCCGUCAGCGCCAGUUUAGAUUCCGAAAUCGCCGUCCGCCGGGACGGCCUCACAGCCAGCCUUCUCGUCAAGCAGCUCGUCCCGGGUGAUAUUGUCUUUUUAGUGGGCGGGACCAUUGUCCCCGCCGACGUUCUCUGGAUUUCCGGUGACGUUGUCCAGCUCGAUACCGCCGCACUCACCGGCGAACCUUUGCCCCGCAAGUAUCCCAGUGCCGAACACGGACGGACACUCUUGUCCGGAACCACCGUCACGGCCGGUGAAUGCUACGGACAAGUCCUCCGUAUCGGUACGGCCACCGAAAUUGGACAAGCGCAGGUAGACAUUCUACAGGACAAGUCCGUGCGGAUCGUUUCCGUCUUUCAGCAAAAAAUUAUGAAGGUCGUUCAGAUGCUCAUUGCCGGUUCACUCAUUGUCGUACUCGCCGUCCUACUCGUCAAGGGAAUCGUCUACGAUGGCUUUGACGACAACGUCAAGGAAACGAUUCUGGACGCCUUGUCCAUCCUCAUUGCGUCCAUCCCCGUCGCCCUGCCCCUGGUCGUACAGGUAAACCUGGCUCUGGGAGCCUCCUUCCUCGCCAAGGAACAUCACGCCAUUGUCACGUCCAUUCCCGCUCUACAAGAUAUUGCCUCCAUGUCCAUGUUGUGCAGUGACAAAACAGGGACACUCACCACGGCCAACAUGUCCGUGAUUCCGGAACAAGUCUUUGCGGCCGAGGGCUUUACCACGGAGCAAGUCCUGUUGUACGCCUACCUGUGUUCCAAUCCCGACAAAAAAGACGAUCCGAUUGAUCGAGCCGUGGUUGCCGCCUUUUUACAGUCGGCCAAAGCCAACGAAAAAGACGAUUACGUGCAAACCGAAAUCAUCGGGUUCAACCCCACCGUGAAACGCGUGGUGGCCUUUGUCGGACACGGCAACGAAACCAUCACGAUUGCCAAGGGCUUGCCGGCCAAAAUUGUCAAUACCCAAGCUGGAGGCGAGGACGAUCACGAACUUCAAUGGCAGGUCAACCGGGCGGCCGAUCGGGACUUUCUCGAUCGCGUGGGAAACGUCGAUACGGGUUUGAGCAAGGCGGGGUACAAGACGAUCGGGAUUGGCGUCUGUUUCGGUAACGCUCGGACAAUGAAGAAUCCGGUCUGGAAAUUUGCCGGACUCGUACCAAUGUUGGAUCCUCCACGGGAAGAUACCCGGGCGACAAUUGAAUCGCUCCAUCACGCCAACAUUUCGAUCAAAAUGAUCACGGGCGAUCAUCAGAAUGUGGGAAAAGAGACCGCUCGUUUGAUCGGUCUGGGAACGGACAUUCGAACCGGAGAAGAGAUUCGUCAUGCAUCUAGUCAGGAUAAGAAACGACUUGUAUGGGAGGCGGACGGCUUCGCGGCAGUUCUACCGAGUGACAAACGUGAGGUUGUCAUGAUUCUCCGCAACGAAUACGGGAUUGUGACAGGCAUGACUGGGGAUGGUGUUAACGAUGCUCCAGCCCUCUCGGCCGCUCAGGUGGGAAUUGCCGUUGAAGGAGCCACCGACGCCGCCAAGAAUGCGGCAGACCUCAUUCUUACCGAGCCCGGUCUCAGUCCGAUUUAUGGUGCGGUUCUGGAGUCCCGCCGUAUCUUUCUACGCAUUAAAGGAUACGUGAUUUAUCGCGUAGCAGCGUCGAUUAUCAUGGUCCUGACUCUCUCCAUCAUCAUAUUUGCGUCGGGCUGCGCAGUUGACUCAUUGUUGGUCAUCAUAUUGGCAUUGUUGAAUGAUAUUUCUAUGAUUCCUGUGGCAUACGACAAUGCGUCCGCCACAACGAAACCACAGCUUCCUCGAGCCAGCAAGUUGGUGCUAAUGUCUCUCUACUACGGCAUUUGCCAGACUGCGUUGGGUCUUUCUUUUAUCUUCAUCAUGGAUCAUGCUAAAGAUUUGGACGGGCCAAUUGCACUCAAUAGAGCGUGUUCGUCGGAAACGCGAGGUUUUAUUUGGUUUCAUUUGACCCUGGUUACGGAACUUAUGAUUUUCUCGGUGCGUGCCCCCGGAUCCAUGCUGUACUCGACACCUUCCAUAUUUUUGAUUAUUUCAGUGUUGGGCACUUGUGCCGGUAGUGCAUUCAUUGCAAUGUACGGGAGUGAGUUGUCGGGGUUAAAUGUGGUUUGGAUUCUUCUUUUCAACCUCGGAACAUUGGUAUUGGUUGAUUUCGGCAAAAUCAUGUUUCGUGCACUUAUUGGUGAGGAGCCCGGCGACAUCAUUGCAAGUGAUGAGCUUUUGUCCGUUUCUCCCAUCAAGACAGAAACGGCGAAGAACUUGGAAAAGAAACUGCGAUAUGUUGUACACAACGAAUCGCUGUUAGAACCAGAGGAUCGUCAGCACAUGGUCCAAGUGCGACGUCGGCGCCGUAUGAUGUCGGAAGGGUUUUUCUCGGGAGACGGGGGCGGCUGGAAUCAAGGCUUUGUUGAUCGGCGUCGGGUUAACAGCAUCUUGGCGCAGCAGGGAUCCGCUUUUUUUCAGAAUCGAGGGGAUCGCUCGAAGCAGACUACCAUGCCUUGGUAGGAAUUACAAGUCUACGACAGAGAGUGAAGAAGCAAUCGUCAACAAAAAGUGAUUUCUACCGUAAUUGUUAAAGGAAAGUCGUUUGCGUU